AUGGCUCCCAAGGGUGCCAAACCUACCAGCGAUGAGCUUCUGGCUCAAUUUGAUGACCUAGGUAUCGAAAAGGAAAACAGCAAGUCCUCAACCCAACCACCAGCAUCGGCAUCAGUACCGGCGCCAGCGGCACCACCAGCGGGCAAGGAUGAUGCGACGGCGGAGCAGGAAGACAUUCUCGCAGAGCUCGAGAAACAAGCCUCUCAGCGCCCGACGAGCGGUCCUGGAACUCCACGUCUGUCCUUGGACAAGGCACGUCCUGCCACUCGAUCUCCUCGUCCUAGUACGACGAUCGAACAGAGCCGAGAAGAGAAGUCUCGACUGUCUGCAGAUAUCCCUCGCUCAAGUGUGAGACAGGAACAGCCAAAACAGGAGACUGCACCUGGCCCUGCAGCCUCACAGCAACAAGAGCAGAAUCAGAGCGGCGGUGGAGGGGGAUGGUGGGGCGGGCUUUUUGCAGUGGCUGGUGCCGCUGUGAAGCAGGCUGAAGCUGCCGUCAAAGAGAUCCAGAAGAAUGAAGAAGCUCAGCGAUGGGCGCAACAAGUCAAGGGCAAUGUCGGAGCUUUGCGAGACUUUGGUGGCGAGCUUCGAAACAUGGCAAUUCCGACAUUCACCAACCUGAUCCACACUCUUGCCCCUCCUAUAUCUUCGCAUGAGCGACUACAAAUUCACAUCACCCAUGAUCUUUCCGGCUAUCCAGGCAUUGACCCACUGGUCUACGCAGUCUUCUCACGAGUGAUGUCCCAGGUUGAAGGCGGUGACCUCCUCGUGAUCCAGCGCGGACAAGAAUCUGCCCCGAAACGUGGCCUGGAUAUGGGUGGUUACAUCUCUAAUUCCGGCUGGGGCGACGGUCCCUGGUGGCGAAGUGUUUCGCCUGGCACUCCUCGCACAAUCAACGCUGUGCGUGGCGCCAUUGAGGGCUCUAAGCUGGCCCGUGCCAGUGCCGAGAGUUACGCACAAGAGCACUUUUCGGCGCGGGGUGGACUCGAGGAGGCUGCGAAGCAAGCCAGUGAGGAUCUCAGCGAGUCAAACCCGGUCCGCAGCAGCGACAUCUUCCUUGCAAUCCAGGCGAUCACUCAGGUCGUGUCGCCGGAGCUAUUCCAAGCAAGCACAGCCAGCGAAAAGGAGUCUACCUCUGGGGUUGUCGACCCAGUGCAAGCCGACGAAGAGAUCACCUUUGCGCUUUACCUGCAUGAUCCGGUGCAUGGGAUCGAUUUCCACACUAUCUCACAGCCAGUCCCAGCCAAGUGGAUUGAAUGGCUAGAUGCGUCGACUUCUGCAGCACAGGAUCCCAACUCCGAUGAUGCCAAUCUUUCUCAAGCGCACGUACCAGAGGCCAUUGCCGAGAUUGUUGAAAGUGGUGGAGUUGAUCCUCGUGAGUGGGUCUCGGACUGGGUGGAGGAGACUCUGUCGCUGGCCGCCGGGGUGAUUGCUCAACGAUAUGUUGCUCGCCGGAUGGGUGUCGGCGAGGGUGGUCUCGGCAAGGGCAAGAUGCGUGCGGAGCAAGCUUCGACGAUUGAUGUUGGUGCCGGCGAAGCCGCGCGUGCCCUGUAG